UAGACACGCGCUUUUUGUAAAUAAACAUUUAAAUAUUGUAAUGUUAAAAUAGUAAUCUUCUUUAACUUCAAUUAAACAUUUUAAUCUCUUAAGUUUUCUUUUCUGGUUUAAAUGAUCAUUAGUAAGGCUUUGUGUAUCUAGAUAGUACAAGGCAGUAAAAUUUCAUUUCAGCUGAAACAUUUUAAUAUUUUGACAUUAUUUCACAUAUGUUUAUAUAUUCGCGAAGGAAAUGUCCAAAAUAAGUAAUAACAUUCCUGAUUUAGAAACCAAUGAUUCAACAGUAAAUAUGGCUGUCUCAGAUGCUGAUCCAUCAUUUCUAGUUUCCCGCUAUAAGGAAAAAUUGUCACACAGUAUGAAAGUCCUUCUGAUGUUUAAUAAGGAACUCAGCUAUGUAAAAAAAAGGAAUGAAGAGAUUGAAAUAGAAAAUAUUCGGCAACGACUGCAUAUUCAGCAAUUGGAGAAAAGGUUAGCUGAACAUAUUGCUGAAUUCCAUAAAGAUGAUGAAAUAGAUGCAUACAUAGAAAAGGUUGAUAAUUUGUGCAAUAAUUCCUUGAAUCGAGAUCAGCAGGAUCCCAUUCCAUAUCUGUCAUCAGAUAAUGAAGUAGCAAAUGAUUAUUGUCACAAUUCAAAUGCAUUUCAAAAUAAAAUCUCAUCAUAUCCACCAGCAAAACAAAGAAAAGCACGAAAAACUUUCAUAAACAGGAAAGUUGUUCAUACUGAGAAACCAUUAUCAAAUCAACAAAAUCACAAAGGAGAUAUAGAAGACAUUCAACUACUGAGUGAAUCAGUUUUUCAGGAAAUUAAAUCUGAGACAGAAUCACCUCCCAAAUUUAAUCCAACUGAAGCGUCUGCACAAUGUACUAAUAUCAAAACAGAAUUGUCUGAGUCUCCAAUGAAUACUAUUAUAUUGAAAAAAGAAAAAGAGCUAGAAUUUCAUAAACUGGCCGGUGUAAGAAUUCCAAUUAAAAAUUUUGAGAAUAACUUUAUAGAUAACAAUAAUCCUUCAUUAAGUAGAAAUUCUUUAACUGAAUCACCUGUAACCUAUGUUGAAAAUGGUAUUCCUAAGAAAAUGGACAUAUCAACUAACUGUGGUGACUUUCUGCAUCGGGAAGAAUCAAUACCAACUAAAAAGAAAGCAUCUUAUGUUAAAAAUACUUUAGAAGAGGGAACAAAAGAUUUUCAAGAUGUAGUUUCCAGUGUUUCUUCUGUCCAAACGCAACAAAAAGAAGCGCAGUGUAUAUCGGUGAAUGGGAAGUGUUCUAUAUCUGAUGAUGAUACAGAAGCAGUUACUGAUAAAAAUGAAAAUUCUGAAAGUGACUCAAGCUGUAAUUUCCAAAAGAAACAAAAAAGGCUUAGAAAGAAGAAAAAAUCUUUUACUGCACAAACCUCUAAAAUCUAUAGAUCUUCACACAAACAAAUUUCUCCCCAGUUUGAUUUACUUAAUAAGAAGUCAGAUAAGAAAAGCAUUAUUGACAGUGGAACUUUAAGUAUCAAACAGUCAUUUUCUGAAAGUGAUUUUAGUACUGAAACAGCUAUGACUGAAAAUGAAAUGGAUGAAAACUCAGAGAAUGGUGCUUGUGCAAAAUACAGAGAAAAACAGAAAAAUAUCAAAGUUUUAUGUGAAUCUAUACUUUCUUUUAACAAUGAACACUUUAAAUCUAAUGAUGAAAGACCAUUCAAAAGUAAAAUGGUGGGACCUGAAAAGGGUAGUAGUUCUGAAACAAGUGUAUCAGUUUUUAAUCAAAGUGAAUAUGUAAAAAACAGUAGAAGAAAAAAUCGUAAAAGAAAAUUGAAAAGAUUUCAAGCAAAAGGUAGUUCAAACGAUCUGUGUAAUAUAAAUUCUGUUGGAUCUCCAAAACCCUCUCAUGUUGAAGAAAGUGAUUCAUCUAUUCAAAAGCCACUAAGAAAGAGAGUGAAAACUCUUGACAGUGAAACAUCGGAUGAUAUUCCAUUUUUAGAACAUGAAGGAACAGUCCAAGGUGAAAUUAGGGAUGAUAUAUCUUUGAAACAAGAUUUCAGUAUUAAAGUAAAUACUAACCAAGAUUCAGACACUGAAAGUAAUCGUAGUUUUGUACCAGAAAGAAAACUAAGAAACCACAAAAAAGGAGGAAUUAAUGUUAACCAGGAUUUAAAUACUGAAAGCAGUAGAAAUAUUGGGUUUGAAAGAAAAUUAAAAAGUUAUAAAAAAGGAGGUGAGAAUACUAAUCAAGAUGCAGACAUUAAAAGUAAAAGGAAAAUUGUGCCUGAAAGAAACCUGAGAAGUUGCAUAAAAAGAGAAACAAAUGUUAAGCAGUUAUCAAAGGCUGAAAAUAAUAGAAGUAAAAGGAAUGAAAAAUUAGAAGGAAAUGUUAACCAAGAUUCAGAUACUGGAAGUAUUAUAUCCGAAAGAAAAUUAAGAAGUAAUAAGAAAAGAGAUUCAUCAAUUUGUCCAUCAAAUUGCAUUGUUUCUCAAUCUCAGAAAAAUCCUUGCUGUUCUGAAAAAAUUGGUUUAACUGUUACAAGAUCUUUGAGGAAAAGAAUGCAAAACAUUAAACAAUCCUCUUCAAAUUCAAGUGCUUCAAAAAGAAUCAUGCAGAAAGGAUCGAAUUGUCAAGAAAAGUCUUCAGAAAAUAAUAAGUUAAUCAAGAAAUGUUCUAGCAAAUUAAAAAAGAAUAAAAUGCCAUCAAAAGAAGAUAUUGUUUCCUCUGAUAGUAUUAAAACGCCGCUGCCUCUCAGUCACGGAACCUCAACAAAGAAUCAUAUCAUUUCAAAAGAAGAAAUGGAUGCCAGUUCACAAAUAACUGAUCAUCAAAAGAAACAGUUCUCUAAAAAUUCUUUCAAAGAUAAGAUUGAACAGAUAAAUGUUUCAGCAGAAGAGAAUAAAGUUGAGGAUCAAAUAAAUUCCAAGUUAGAAAAUACCAGUUCACAAAUAACUUAUCAUGAAGAGGAACAGUUCUCUAAAAAUUCUUUGGAAGAUAAGAUUGGGCAGAUAAAUGUUUCAGCAGAAAACAAUAAACUAGUUGAGGAUCAAAUAAAUUCUAAGUUAGAAAAUACUAUUACUUCAGUUGUCAGGGAAAAUAAGAAUUUAGAAGAAGAAUCACUUUCCAAAUAUAAUAAAAAUACAAAUCAAGAAUUGGCAAAUGAGAAUCAACAUUCAAAAAAAAAUAACCUUGCUGAGAUGGAAGGACAAAUAGCUGUGAAACCUAUCCUAAUAACAAGUUCAUCCAUUGAACAAAUUUCAGGUAUCUUUUCAACGAAGCAAGAAUUUUCAAUAGAAAGAGCAGUUAUUACUAGGGAAAAGACUCCAGAUUUGAAUCAAACAUCUACUAAAUGUCUAAUUUCUCUAGAAGAAACAAAAAUAGCAAACAAUGGAAAUAUAUCUGAAAAUAUUAAAGAAACUUCAGAGAAUUGCCUACAUAAGUUGCAACAAUAUGUAAGCUUGAAAUCCACCAAUAUCUCAUCAAUUUGUAGGGAAAAAAUUUCUGUGAAUGAUAAAAAUUUAGUAGAAGAAGAUUUUAAAAAUAUACUUCCAAAAAAAUGUUUUGUUUUGUUAGAGAAAAUAAAUAUCCCAGCAGAAUUUGAAAAUAGGGAGUCAGUGAAUGUUAAUCACUUGAAUAUUACUCUAAGUGAAGGUCCAGCUAGUAGUAUUGAAGAGAAGACUGAAAUUUCUGGCCCUGAUCCUCUUGUUGCAAUAGAGGAAACAGAACAUAAGGCAAAAAAAGAGAAACAUAUUAUGAGCCAAUUAAAAGAUUCUACAAAUCCUCUCAAGGAAAAUUGUGAAGGGGAUUUCAGUUUUGACUCUGAUAGUACCCCUGAUAUUAAUUCUGAUUUCAUUUCAGAAGAGAGUAUAUAUGACGAUUCUGAUGGUGACCCUGAUUGGAUUUUGAAUGAUUCUAUUCAAGAUCCAUGUAAAUCCUCAGAGAAAAGGAAUAAAGAAAGAAUUUCAUUGCAUGAAGAUAGUAGCAAUGAUAAGAUUCCAGUUAGAGAAAAUAAGACACUUAAUGUUGCAAAGAAAAUUAAACAUUUAAGCCUCAACCAAAAAAUUUUAAAAGUAAAGUUUGAUGUACCAAAAAAGAAGCCCCGUAAUGGAAUCAUAACUAAAAAAGAAUCAUCAUUGGAAAAUCAUAUUAAUUCUGCCAUAAAACAAGAUUUAACCAAAAAGAAUGAAACCAUAAGGAAAUGGGAAAAGCUUUUUUGGGGUACUGAUUCCAGUUCAGGCUCUUGUCUAGAAUCUGCCUUAGAUGAAAAUAAUGAGAAAUAUUUAACUAAAGAUGCUGAUUUGAAUAACUGUACAGAAACUAUGACUGAAGACCAGGUUUCUAGCUUAAAAAUGAAAGAUGAAUCAUUUGCAGUUACUGCUAUCAAAAACGAUCAAUUAUUAAAAAAUCGAGAAUCAGAUUGUAGUUUAAAAAAUAUAGAAAAGACUGCUGUAAAAAAAGGCAAAAAUAAUAUGCAGAAAAAAAGUAGAAUUGAAAUUGAUGACAAUGAUUUUGAUUUUGAUGCAGAUCUGAUCAUUGAUGAAAUAAACUGUGAAACAUUAGUAUUGCCCAAAAAUUUGGUUAGAAAGAAAAGUCAUAAAAAAGUCUUAUCAGUUGAAGAUAGAAUAUUUGGAUCUGACUCCAGCUUGAGUAAUGAGGAAAAUAUUAUGCCAAAAGAACAGAAAAAUAAUGAUAUUGACUCUUCAAAUUGCCAUCAUAAAGUUGUAUCUGAAAAUAAUAAUGACAAUGAUUCUGAUUUUGACCCUGAACUUAUAGAUGAAAUAAUUUGUGAAGAAUUGCAAUUACCUGAACACUUGAUUAAAAAUGAUCUUCAAAAAGAUAUACCAGUUGAAAACAAAAUAGUUACAUCUGAUAAUGGGAUAAAAAAUUCGGGUGAAUCUAAAAAUGUAACAUUUGAGAAAAAUAGUCCAAUUUCUAAUAAUAAAACUAUACAUCAAAAUAAUAAAAAUCACUGCGGUGAUUCUGAUAUUAUCCCAGAAUUGACUGUAUGUGAGAAAAAUUAUGAAGAGAUGCAGCUGCCUGAAAACUUGAUUGAAAAUAAUCCUAAAAAAACUCUGCCAAUUGAAGAUAAAAUAUUUGCAUUUACUUGUUGUAGAUCAAAAAAUGUCACUACAGAGGAAAGCAAAGAAGUUGCAGGAAAAAGUUCAAUUCAUCAGGAUAAAACUGUGUGGAAAAUAAAUAAAUUUUAUAAUAAUAGCAAUGAUUCUGAUAUUACUUCAGAAUCGAUUAAAAAUGGACAAAACUUGAAAGAAUUACAAUUGGUUGAAAAUGAUCAAGAAAAAUGUACAGCAGUUGAAGAUGAAGUAUCUGGUUCUAUUUCUAUCUUAGAAAAUAACAUUACUGCAGAAAAAUAUAGAAGAGUUACUAUUGGGGAAGGAAAUUCAAAUACUGAUGAAAAAAUUGUUCACAGAAUAAAUAAAAAUUGCAUUGAUAACUGUAAUUCUGAUAUUGGCUCAAAAUUAAUUGUAAAUGAACCAGAUUGUAAAAAAUUACUUUUGCAUGAAAAUGACCACCAGAAAAAUAUAUCAGUAACAGAUAAAAUGUUGAAAUGUACAAAGGAAAAUAAAAUGUCAUCUCAAGAGGAUGCUGCAUUUUAUGAGACUAGAUCACAUUUAUUGGAAAUGCAGCUCGCUGACAGUAAAAUAAGAAAUAUUGAGAAUGUUAUUCAGGAAUCAUGUGAAAAUGCUUCUAUUAUUUCUGAAAAGGAAGAAUUUAGUGUUAAAAUUGGCAUAGAAGAACAAAAUGAAAAUAUUCCUGAUAGUAAAAUUAAAUUGAUUACUAAUGAAGUUGAUAAUGAGGAGCUAAUGCAAGACUACAUAGAAUCUAAUUUAAUGGAUUCUUUGCCUCUUGAUAUCAAAGACUAUAAUAUAGGAAACAAAAAUAUAUUUGAGGAAUUGGUCUCAGUCUCUAAAUCCAAAUUGAAAAUGACAGAUAAACAAAAAUCUGGAAAUGAACAAAAUAUGGAAAAUGCUAUUUCAGAAAAAAAUACAUUUUUGGCAAGUGAAAAAAAAUUGUUGACUGAUAAUGAUAUGUUUGUAAAGAGUAAGGACAUUUAUUGUUCAGAUAUUGGCAAUAAUUCGGAUUAUGCCCCUGAACUAGUUACAGAAUCAAUCAGAGGAAAUAAUUAUGAAAAUUUAGAUGAGGGAAAUUCAAACACUCCUCAAGAAAAGGAAAUGUUGGCACAUAGUGAUAUGACUACAAAGAAUAUGGAAAAUUAUUAUCAAGAGACUAGUAAUCAUUCUUAUCAUGCUUCUGAAUUGAUUACAGAAUCAGUCAAAGCAAAUUAUGACAAUUUGAACAAGGUGGUUUCUAAUUCUUAUGACAGUUCUCAAGUUCAUACCUGUGAGAAUGAAAAUUCUCAAGAGGAAUUUUUACAAACUAAUCUUGACUAUUCAAAGAAACCUACUUUAAAAUUAUUACAAUCUAAUUCAGAUAAUGAUACCAAUCCUGACAUUUCUUCAACUGCAGUUUCUUUGCUUAAAUCUUCUGAGUCAGGCAUUAGGAAAAAUAUAAAAAGGCAUUCAGAAAGCUUUGGAGGACAAAGAUAUUCUCAAAAAUAUUUCAAACAUAAAAAGCUUGUAAAAAGAAAAACUUGUAAUGAAUAUUUAAAAUACAAAAAUGUUAAAAUUAAUCCUGAAAAUCCCAUUAAAAGUAUUCUGCAAGGCAUAGAAGUUAAAGAAAAUUUUUAUACAAAUUUAAAGCCUCAUACCUCUUUAUUUGUUGCUAAUGUACGCUUUACACAUUGUGUGAAGUUAGUGGUGAAUUAUUUAAUGCAUCCUGAUAAAACACCCAAUAUGGAAAGUUUAAUCUUUCAUGUUAUUAAAUAUUUACACCAUACUAGAGAAAAUCCCUUGGGAAAGGUUUCUGAAAAUCAAGAAUGUAUUUUCCUAUCAACUGCAGAAAAUUGUAUUGUUACUGCACUCUUUGAAAUUGAGCAGAAAUCAAAUCCUCGCUUUGAAGGAUUGUUAGCAACUAUUCUAAAUGCAAUGCAUCAAUUUAUUCUAGUUAAGAAUAAAAUGCAUAUUUAUGGUCUGGCUUCAUUAUGUCAAGUUCUCACAGAAAUAUGCAAACGCAGGGAUGAUAAAGUAAAGCCUUUGUAUUUAUGCUGUGAUUUACUAAAAGAAAAACAUAAAUUUGCUUCCUUACUUAUUGUUUCUAUAGCUAAAGUCUGGAAAGAAUUAUUUUGGAUAUCAAAUAAUCUAUCAGAGGAAGAAAAUGCUUUACAAAUUUCUAUUGCAUAUGGAAUUACAAAAAGUGUUAAAAGUUCUGCAAUAGUCUCUAUGUAUUGUAGUCUUGAAGUGGUUUCAGAAUAUUUUGAUGUUUCAAGAAAUGUGUCUGAUGUUAAUAAAGUCAUUGAAGUCUUAAAGAACCAAAUUCUUAAGAAAAGCACUGAAAAUUCACUGAAAGAUUCAUGGAAGUUGACUUCAGCGUUUGUGAUUUUUGCUUCGUUAGAAACUUGGGAAUCGACAAAGAAGUACUUGAUAGAUGAUUACAUUAUCCCAAAUUUGCAACAGUUUUCUCAUCAUGUUACUAAUGAAGAAGCCUUUGAUUUGUUUUGUAAUCUCUAUGUGGAUGUUUUUCUUUUAUUUCCUGAACACAGUCCUGAUGAAUUGUUGAUGAAGUUUUUUCAUUCUAAUUCUUCAUCUGAAGGUGACAGUUAUAUUCAGGAAUGUGCUGCUGUUGCCUUAAUCAGGCAUUUUAUUCUAUCAAAGAGAGAUAUGCCUUUAUUUUUAACAGCUUGGCAAGAGAAGAAUCCAACAAAACCCAAAGUAAAAGCAUUAAAAAGUUUGUUUCAAAGAAGACUUAUGUCGGAAAAUGCAACAGGUUUUUCAAAAGAUGAAAUUAUCAUCACGUGAAAAUAGUCUUGUCAUUAUUUAAUUUCAGAAAUGCUUAUUCAAAAUUCACCAAAUGUCAUGAAUAAGUAUUAAUUAAUUAUUUUCAUUAAAGAUCAUUAUGUAAAUUAUAUAAAUCAUUAUGUAAAUUAAUAAAAGUUUCAUUAGAAAGUUUUGUGAAUUCUGAAAAUAAAAAGUGUAGAUCAUACACACACAAAAAUGAAGU